AAAAUUGAUUAAUGAUUUUAUUCAUUCGUUCACUCAUUGAUUCACUGUUUGGGUUUAAGGAAAAAUCUCCAGAACAUAAGGGCAUUUUCGUUUGAAGAUAAAUAAAUUUCACUUAAUUGUGAACAUUCAAAUACUUGAAAAAACAAGAUGCCAAAUAUUAAGUUGCAAUCAUCAGACAACGAGGUCUUCGUUGUUGAUGUUGAAAUCGCCAAAUGCUCCGUAACUAUCAAAACUAUGCUAGAAGACUUAGGCAUGGAAGAGGAUGAAGAGGAAGUUGUACCUUUACCUAAUGUCAAUUCUGCAAUACUCAAAAAAGUUAUUCAGUGGGCUACUUAUCAUAAAGACGAUCCUCCGCUACCAGAAGAUGACGAAAACAAGGAAAAGAGGACUGAUGACAUAUCAUCAUGGGAUGCUGAUUUUUUGAAAGUUGACCAAGGCACACUCUUUGAAUUAAUAUUAGCUGCAAAUUAUUUGGACAUCAAGGGUUUAUUAGAUGUCACAUGUAAAACUGUAGCAAACAUGAUCAAAGGAAAGACUCCUGAAGAAAUCCGUAAAACGUUCAACAUUAAGAAUGAUUUCACUGCUGCAGAAGAAGAUCAGGUUCGUAAAGAGAAUGAAUGGUGUGAAGAAAAGUAAACCAUAAUAAAUGCUAUUUGCAAGCAUCUUUAUGUAUUAUCACUAUGUAUGCAACAUUAAACUAUUUUUCCCAUGGCAAUAAAGAAUAAUUAAUUUAAACCAAGUAAAUUUGUUUGUGUUGUAAAUUAUAUAAAAAUAGGUACAUCAUGUCAUUGUGAUUUUCAAUAAAAUUUAAAUUUUCAUAUUAUCAUUUAAAUUACUUUUCAUUUAACUUUAAUUGUAUUAUAUUUAUUGGAAAAUUUACUUUAUGAAAUAGAAAUAAUUAGCAUAAAUCACUGACUUAAAUUUUUGUCAUCUGCUUAUUUUUUAACUAAUUGUGUGGGUAGUCUUGAUUGUGUCCAGAAAUUGCCAGUAUCCAUUGCAAUGUUAAACCACAAAAAUAAGUUUGUCACCAUCAAUGUCAAUACAAAAAGUAAAUAAAUAUACAGUCACAACCGUUUACUGCGACAUCAUUUUGAGCAACAUGCUGGUUAUAAUAACCUAGAACAAAGGUCCCGGCUGAAUGCUAUAUGACCGCCUUAUUAAAAACAUUGCUUUAUACGACAUUGCUAAUACCGACAUACCUAAUAAAAUGACCACAUUUAACUAAUAUUUCGGAGAAUUAGAUCUGUUAGAACGACCGGCUAAGCUGUAUUGUAAACAAUUUGAAUAGGUAUCCACAUUUGUCUUCAAUGGCUAUU